GGGGUGUUAAAUGUGCUUUUGAAAAGGAGAAGCAAAACUGAUUGAGUGUUCUACAAUCAACUGGACUGGCAGCUGCAGCUCCACCUGACUGCACCGUCACGUCCCGCCCGCACGUCCCGCCGUCCCGAGGGCGGGUGGGCACCAUGUGGGUUCUGGAUAAGAUCCGCGGCUCGGUGGAGACGGGCGUGCUGCGGCACGGGGAGAACGGCGACAAGAAAGGCACGGCGCCGCCCUACACCAACGUGCUGACGCCCGACAAGAUCCCGGACUUCUUCAUCCCGCCCAAGCUGGUCAGCUGCCCCCCCGAAGCCGAGGCGGCGAAGCCCAAGGAGGACUUGCAGCCUUCGUCGUCGGAGCAAACCAUCGGCGGCGGGAGGAAGAUCAGCGGCGCCAAAAGCCCCCGUCUGGGGGCCAAGCUGGCGGGAGACACCAAGAACCUGCUGAAGGCAGCCAACCGCCACAUUAUUCAGAUCGAGAGCGCCGACGACGUCGUGGCCGGGGACACCAACGCUGACCCCCAGUCGCAGACCGCCAUGUCUCUCCCCUACGUCCCCAAGACUCAAACAUCUUACGGCUUCACCACAUUGAAGGAGAGCCCUCACACUCGCCGCAAGGAGUCGCUCUUCCACUGCGACAUCAGCAGUCCCGUGACCUCCCCCAACAGCCAGAGGAAGACCCCGGGCAAGGGCGACGGAGGCGGAGGCGGCAACCACCUGAACCCGGCCGACUUCAACGCCUCCCACGUGAACCCGUACCGCUACUUCAGCGGCGGCGAGAGCGACACCUGCUCCUCGGCCGAGUCGUCGCCCUUCAGCUCGCCGCUGCUGUCUCGUUCCGCCUCGCUGCUCAAGAUCUUCACGCAAGAGACGCAGGCCAAGGUGGUGAAGGCCAAGCGCUCCUUCGCCCGCCACAGCUCCCUGUCCACCGACGAGUGCAGCUCGGCCGAGCCCAGCCCCGGCGUCCAGCGCCGGUUGCGCAUCCCGUCCUUCCACCGCGGAGGCGCGCCGGCUCCGGAGCACGCCUCUCAGCGGGAGCACACGGUCAACUUGCACAAGGGCGGCAGCGUCCGCAUCAGCGCCCACUACGACGCCGGCACCUCCCGCCUGCGCGUUCGCGUCCUGGUGGCCGAGAGUCUCUACGACGAACACUUUGACAUCAAGAGCAUCAACUGCUGCGUGUCGGUCUACCUGAACCCCGGCAAGAUGCAAAAGCAACGCAGCAACAUCAUCAAGAACAGUCGCAACCCCGUCUUCAACGAGGACUUCUUCUUCGAUGCCGUCGGCCCGCUCCAGGUCAAGAACCUGUCGCUCAAGCUCAAGGUGGUCAACAAAGGUACCAGCCUGAAAAGGAACACCCUGCUGGGGGAGCGGGAGGUCCUGCUGAGCAAGCUGCUCUCGGGGGUCUAGUCUCCAAAGAGCGACCAGAAACCAAAACCACUUCUGAACCUGUCGCGGAAAUAAACACACAGGACACGAUAGCUGCGGGACUGAGGAAUCAACGACUUUACUCGGCGCGCGGUUUAUACAGCAAGUGGCGUCUCAUCUCAUGCACACGGACGGCUACCGGCCUUGAGGCUAACUGAGCUGAAGUCAAGAAUGAGUUCUCUCUCUAAUGUAAUUGUACCCUUUUGGGGCUCACUCAACCCCCAAACCAAAUUCAAAAUUCCCAAUACAAGAAGACGUCAACCUUUAAGAGUUUGCCCCACUGUUUAACAACAACUUCAGCUGCGUCGCCGUCACCGAGCUGUACGCUUCAC